AAAGAUCGGGGAGGUGUUGCGGAUCAUCCCCCAUCGUACGUACCCCCGCAUUACCUCCCUCCUUGGCACAGACCCCCGAGGUUGCUCGGCCAAGCUUCAGGGAUGUUCGGAGGCCAAGCGCCCGCGCCUUCAGCGGCCAAUGUAUGUCCCCCGGCCGAGGAUACACCCAAGGCGUGCCCCGAGGCAGCCCCGAGACCACCGAGACAGUGCAAGUCCGCGGAGAGCCUCGGGGCAUACGAGAUGCUGAGUCUCGGCGCGUUUACUUAAGUGUUCAUCUUCUGGCUUCUCGUUUCAAGCACCAAAGCAGCAACUUCAAACCAAGUCCACCUUUCCGAGCAUAAUUCAACAAGAAAGUCAAUCAUGUCUACCACUGUCACCGAGAUCCAAGAGAUUGCCGCUCAGACCAACGAGUCCUUCACCAUCAGAGACUUGGUCGAUUUCUCCGGCCGCUCCUACGGUGACUGGCGCGAUGAGUUCCACCAAAAUGGCUGUGCCGUGAUAAAGAAUGUUAUCAGUCCGGAGCGGGCCAAGUAUUACUGUGACAAGCAGAUCGAGUGGCUAAAAAAGUUCGACCUGGGAUUUGACGAGAAGGACGAGAGCACCUGGACCACCGAUCAUCUCCCGAUCAGCUUCAAGGGAGGGAUGUACUAUGCGUACGCCGCCACCCACGAAAAGAUGGCAUGGGAAGCCCGCACCGAGCCGGCGGUGGUCAAGAUCUUUGAGGACUUGUGGGAGACGAAGGAGCUGCUCUGCUCCUUCGACGGCAUGAACAUCUCCUUACCCCGCCGCAAGGAUCUCAACUGGAGCCCGUGGCCGCAUUGUGACCAGAACCCCGACCGAAAAGGAAUGCAAGCCGUCCAAGGCCUGCUCAACUUUGCCCCGAACGGCCCCAAGGACGGAGGUCUGAUGCUGAUGAAGGGCUCCGCCAAGCUCUUUGACGAGUUCUUUGCGCAGAAGCGCGACCAGUACGACCACGAGGAUGCCCCUCCCCCGGAGCUGAAGUAUAUGGACCUGUUUCUCUUCCACGACCGCGACCUCGAGUGGUUCAAGGAGCGCGGCUGCGAAAUGAUCAAGGUCAACAUGGAGCCCGGGGACUUUGUUCUUUGGGAUUCGCGCACUAUGCACUACGCCUGCCUGCCGGAAGGCGACCAGAUCCGACACGUGCAGUACAUCUGCAUGACGCCGCGGCGAUUCGCCACCCCGCGGGCGCUGGAGCUGAAGAAAUUUUGCUUUGAGAAUUUCGUUGGUACCACCCACUGGCCACACUGCAAUAUCCGACCCGCAGCCGAGAAGCCCAUGCGAGAUGGCCAGGUGUGCCUCAAAGACCGCACUGAGCCAUUCGAGAAGCCGAUUAUCACGGAGCAGGUGCUGAAAUUAGCUGGUGUCAAGGAAUAUUAG